AAAACAUACAGUGAAGGAUAUUAACGCACACAUGUGUACUAUUUUAAGGAUUUCUAUUUUCCCUUUUGUUGGUGCAUUAGAAAUGGUCUAUAUGACAGUUUCUUCAAUAUUUCGCAAGACAGACUUCAUAGAGGGGAAAUCUUUAUCAGAGUUUGUGUUUUAGCUGGUACGCUGACUGCUUGUUGGUCAGCUGGAAGUGCUGAUAUUCUGCUGACAUCAUAAAGCUGUACCUGUAAGGCAUGUUUUGGGAAACACAACAAAAGUUUAAAAGGGAUGCAGCUUACGUUAACAAGGCUGUUGCUAGUUUGUGACCUUGUAUCAAAACAAACACCAUUGCAAAAUAAAAUUGCCAGGAACCCAUUUGAAAUUUGUUUAUUAGACGCCAUUGAGUUAGCCAUCCUGAAAUCAAGAAGGACGUGAGCCAAUACGAAAACAGACGGCGGAAAGUGCUGCGGAAUAGCGACAGAUUGAGCAGAUAAUAAACAGACGUACGGACAGAGCAGUCGACGCAAAAAAUGGUCGGUACUAAAACAAGUUUCACGUCAUAUUGCUGCAGUGGUUGGGCUGCACGGUUGAGCCCAGUUUUCCUCGUUCUGGUGGCUGUGUUUCAUCUAUUCGCGAUGGAAGCCAAUGCACAACCAUCCAACAUCGUCACAGAAAUUCGACAGGCUUUUGCCAGCCACAAAGAACUGAGUCGUGUUGCCAAUUACUUGAAUUUGGGAGAAAAGGAAAUUCUACAAAGCCUGGUUAAGGGUCAAACAGGUAGCGGGUACACUUUUUUCGCCCCUACAAAUUGGGCUUUUGUACGGAUGUUACCCCAAGACAUCUCCGACCCCUUCUUUGUCGAUUCCAAGUUACGUCAUGAUGUCCUCCUUCAUCACUUCGUUCGACGCUCGUUAACAAAAGACGAUCUGCUCACGAAAUCUGAGCUUAUAAUGGCUGAUGAAAAAUCAAGUACAUUAACGCACAAUGCCCCAAAUGGUGACGUUCCUGUUCAAAUCAACAAAGCCAACAUCAACCUAGAAGCAAUCCGCCUCGCCUCCGGUAUGGGCGUCAUUUACGUUGUCGAUCAGGUCUUUGUCACACCUCAACAGAUCGACGAGGCCAUCCGCAGGCAUCCAGCUGUUGAAACCCCGUGGGGUCCCAUCGACCCACAGGGCCAAAUUAAUAACCAAGACGUGGAAAGCCAAACUGUCGUUGUUGAUCUUGUAGCCGAAUUCCUGCGGGAAGAAGCUGCCGCUGGUGGACACCACUAGUGUCUUAUGUGCCUUAACUUUUGCGUCCCGAUUAAUAUUUCACGGACGGACGCAUAUUUUAACUAGACAUCGGUAAUUCUCCAUGAUGUCGUUUUUCCAUUCCCAUUCGAUCCUUUAAUAACAAAAUCUCCACGAACGGGUGAUUCAUGCACAUAAUUUGACCUAGACUUUGAGCUUAUUUCACACAAUUCUAUGAGUGCGUUAUCUAUUCUUUAAUUGAUUACCGAAAUACAAAUCGGAGCAUUUAGAAGUCAAAA